AUGGAUUCAUCUCAGACCUUGCUGAGUGCAGACAUCAAGUUUCUGGAUACACAACUCGCUCUCCUUCAUAUUCCGCUGCAUCUCUACAGCAAUUUCCUCCAGUCCGUCCUACAACUAAUAUUACCAACUGCACCUUAUGGUGGCAGAGUCGAUGGCAGUAACGGCGCUGUCCAACCACCUGAUGCAUGGAACGAUGAACAGCCUUUCAUCAACAUUUCGAUCACGCCUGUCGAAUGUUCGGUCGUCUGCUCUAGAAAACUUGUGAACGAACUCUUCGUUCCUAUCCUCAAUCUUUUGAGUGCCACUUCCAGGAACGAAGUUCAUAUUACCACAGAGGACUUUGUGGUCAUGCAGGUUGAUGGCGAGGGUCUUGAUGCAGACCGUCGUGUCUUAGAAUUGACUGGACCACUCGCUCUGGCGGGAAUAUCAAUCUUCUUCAUCACCAGCUACUUCUCAGAUUACAUUCUCGUCCCGUCAAGAUAUCGCAAGCAAGUCAUUCAGGCUCUAGAAGACAAGGGCUUGCGUUUUGAGGAUGAGACCUCGUCGUACAUCAACCCCAAUCACCACACUCGAAAGACUUCUGUGCCGACAUUUGAAGUCCAACCACCAGGCUCGCCACCCCCAGCAACAGUUUCGGAAUUACAAACGAAGACUUUUGCCACGCUCAAACGCCGCAACAUUGUCCCCACAGUCGACUCCAAGAUCCGUCUCGUCCAAUGCGCUGGUUGCCGAGACGAACACAGCAACCGCUCGGCAAGUGUUGCAGACGAUGCGCUGCACCUCGGUCUUGUCAAAUGCCUCAUAUCAUCUCCCUGUCCGAGAUUUUUAUCGCUCACGCUAACCAAUUCUGAGCCGGCGUCGCUCUUGAUCGAUCAUACGCUACUGCCAAACUUCACGCAAGACGUCCUUCUUGGCUCCAAAGAGGAGUACCUCAUCCCAAUAACGCUGGACUUGCGCGAUCUUCCAAUGGAGAGCACGGGCAUUGUGUGCGGUGUUGCAGGGCGUUUGGUUGGAGAGACCUCUGAAGGCUUCCGAGAGCCUGUUGAAAUGAGCUAUCUUAGUACAGCACGAGCGGGGACUGUGAUGGUAGCGGAGCAUGAGCUGGAUCGCGCAUUGAACGCUUUGCGUGGUGCAGAGAACAGUGUACUGUCAACGUCGGCUUAA